AGAUAAAAAGUAAGCAACCAUGGCAUUUGGAAGCAUAAGGAAGAGAUGCGGUUUGACUCCAGAUAGUGUUUUAAUGUGUCACAUUAAAACAAGAUUCGUUCUGAUGCUCACAUUGACAUUAUCAUUGUCUACCAUUGCUUAUGUCUAUUUCUCUCUCAAGCCAGUUAUGCUCCAUUACACCAAGUUUAAUGCUGUAAAUCAUACUCAGUCCUAUACUGAGGGCUUGUCUGACAAAAAUUUUGUCUGGAAGAUCAUGCAAACACCUACAGCACUGGAAAAACUCACUGCUUCCAUUAGCUCAAAACCCAUAUCAGUUCAUCACUAUGUUGCUCAUCCAAGCAACUAUCAUUUCAUUCUGGAUGAACCUGAUAAGUGUAAGCAGAAUCCGUUCCUGGUCUUGAUGGUCCCUGUGGCGCCCAAUCAGGUAGCAGCUCGUAACGCCAUCCGGAGCACGUGGGGGAAUGAGAGCACAGUCCAGGGAAAAGCAGUGAUUACUCUGUUCUUGGUGGGUUUGACUGGAGGAUCCGACUCUGAAAAAACUCAACAGCAGCUGGAGGAAGAGAGCCGACAACACAGAGACUUACUGCAGAGCAACUUUGUGGACUCGUACUUUAACCUGACUAUAAAGACGAUGGUGAUCAUGGACUGGCUGGCCACUCAUUGCCCUCAAGCGACUUUCAGUAUGAAGGUUGAUUCUGACAUGUACUUAAACCUGGAAAACCUGAUGACACUCCUACUUGCACCCAACACACCCAGAGAGAACUACAUCACUGGUUUUUUGAUGUGGGACCGGCCUGUCAUCAGAAACAAAAAAUCGAAAUAUUACGUGUCAGAGGAGCUGUACCCCGAACCGAAAUACCCCACGUAUGUGCUGGGAGUAGGAUAUGUUUUCUCCAAUGAUCUUCCCAAAAAAAUAGUUGAGGCUUCCAAGGACGUGAAGCCCUUUAACAUAGAAGACGCAUAUGUGGGUGCUUGUCUGAAACAGUUGGGCAUUAAACCCUCACGUGCACCAGAUCCUUCUCAGUUUCGGACCUUUAUGAAGGAUUCUAAAAGUCACGACCUUUCCAAGGUCAUUACAACAAUUGCAAGGUCACCAGAGCAGAUAAUAGAGUUCUGGCAAAAUGUGACAAAAAUAUCACCCUGACAUGUUUGUCUUUAUACUCCCUUAAAAAAAAAAAAAAAAAAAAAAAAUGUAAUUUAAAAAUUAAAUGCUCAAAUUUAAAGUGGUGUGUCCAAGUCAUUAUAUGUAUGAAUUCCAUUUUCAGCUUACUUUUGUAUAAAUGAGUACAUCUGGACUAUAUAUAGUCUUGACCCAACAACCAAAAUAUUGACUUCUAAAGAAGAUAUUAAUUGAAGGUCGAAGUUUGAAUAGGUAAACUUUGAACACACACCUGAUAUGCAAAAAAGAUGUGCAGAACUAUCAUUCAGACUUCCCCCAGAUCUGACUCUAUUAAAUCAAGAGUAAAUAAACCUGAAAAUAUGGGAAGAUACGCAUUAAAAUGUGCCUAAAUACUUAAUUAUUAAUUAUUUAUCUGCUUCAUUGGUAGGCUACACUUUGUAUGCAAUUUAAACUUUUAAAUUCAAAACAGUUUUAGUCUAAAAUGUG